CGGAAGACGCCUGAGGAUGAAGAUCACGAACAUGACCUUCAAGGAGGGCCAGGAGUUCAAGGUCCGCAUCAAGCCGGACGGCGACUGCGACUCCUUCGCCAUCAACAUCGGCCACGACGCCGACAACAUCGCGAUGCACUUCAACCCGCGCUUCGACUUCGGCGGCGACAGCAACUGCAUCGUGUUCAACUCGCUGUCCGGGGGCAGCUGGGGGGAGGAGCUCCGCGAGGGCAACUUCCCCUUCACCCGCGGGGAGGAAUGCAAGUUCCACAUCAACUUCAACAUGGAGCAGUUCUACAUCCGGCUGCCUGACGGCUCCAUGAUCAACUUCCCCAACCGCCUGGGAGACCUCAAGUACAAGUACUUCGACGUGAGCGGGGCGGCCCGGAUCAUCGGCAUCAAGGUCAAGUAAUGGUUGACCUCUGACCUGCCGGCCUCGGUCUGAGCGCUGGUCCUUCAUCUGGUGUCCCGCUGAGGAGGAGGAAGAGUAACACCAGUUAAAGAGUUGUAAUGAGAUGAAGUGACCUGCAGAGGGCGCCGCAGCUCACCUCAGUGUGUGUGUGUGUGUGUGUGUUAAUAAAAACUGUGAAGCAAA